UAAAUUUUAACCGUAAAUCACGAGUGAAGCCUCGUAACUCCGAGACUUAAGCAAUUCAUUUAACUAGAUCACUUGGAGUAAUACGAAUUCCACAAGAAGGUUAUUAAGAAUUCCUCCUUAAUUAAGACACGUGUAUUUAGUAACAAGACGACAGCUAAGGAGAGAUGGAAAAACAAAAGGGAAUGAGACAAGGGAAAGAAAAAUGAAGUGUACAAUAGAAACUAACCGCGGCGUAAGUUAAUUGUAGCUGCGCGUUAAAUAGAAGGUGCAGAGCAGCAGCGGCGGUUGGCCCAGAUUUUUAAUGAACUCGAAAUAUCGCCUGGUAGGCAGAGGCACUUGCUUCUCAACGGUGCAUAAAUAUCAGAGCAGAAACUAUACUACGCUGUACCGGUGAUGGCCGACGAUGAUAUUACUUUAAUCUACUCCCGGCUAUCUUUCAUUAUUCACGUUGUUGUUUCAUUGGCCGUUGCUUAAACACGAGGAAUUCACGCUAACGAACAAUUAUUGCGGCGCGCGGUUAGUUUCCGAGUUGCUGCCUUUUAGGAAACUCUUCAGGCAAGCGGCAAGAAAAAAGAACUUGGCCCGAUACCGUUCGAACGAGAUGCUGCUUCAUGAUUAGUGGCCGAUUAAUUGUUAAUUAGUGGAAUUUCGACACGCUCAGGCUGCGCUUAUUAGCGCGGUCGUGGUCUAAUUACUCCUGGGACCUUGCUCGCUCGUUCCCGCUUUCGGUUCCACCAUUUUUUAUAAUUCAACCGCUGCGAACCGAUAUAAUCGACGCGCAGGGAGUAACAGGAUUUUCGGAUAAAUUAAACGCACGGAAAAUGUAUAAAAUUGUGAGAUGAAAAAUCGUACGUUGCAAAUCAUAAAGAAUGUAAGGGGUCAAUAUCUUCAUUCCUAUCUGUAGAAAUUUCUUGUGUGUAUCUCCAUUAAGAUAUGUGAAAAGAAGAAACGGAAAAUUUAUUCGUUUAGAAAGCAUAUCAGAUAGAAUAAAAUUCUUCUAAUAAUCAAGUAUCUAUUGUAAAUUCACGACAAGGCGAAUUUCCGAGAUAUGUGUGCAUAGACGGAAAUUGCUUGUCGUUAACAUGUUCGGCACCGCGAGAAAUUUGAAAAUGGGUCAGGAAAAAGAAAUCCCCUAAAUGGUAUAAUUUUACAUAUUAUGCCCCCAUCUAAUAGUUAUAGCUAUCUCUUUACUUGUGAUCAUUAAAAUUGUAAUUAUCUAUACUCGUUAAACUCUUGCACUUUCUUCCAUUAAAACCGAAAUACUAAUUCAUAAUUGAAUUCGGAAAUAGUUUUAAAAUUUGUAAUUUCUCGGCGGAUUGCGAACAUGUCGCAGUUUCGCUAAUUAUAAGUGCUUUCAAAUUAGAUGGGACUUGAGGAAUUGGUAUUUGCGAUGCUAACGAAGGUUUUGCUUCUCGUUACAAACUUGAAUUCUAUUUAAAGAAGAAGUUUGAUGAAUCAGAGCGACGAGUAGAAUCGGUUCGUGAAGGAUCAAUAUUGAUGAUAAUUUCAUGAAAACUUCAUAUCGUGGCAUUAAUUAUCACGACCGCGGUUAAUGAAAAGCAAAUCAUCGUUCCGGACAGUAGUUCCCGGUGCAAUUACAACAGGAACUUCCUUCGGUUUCAUAUGGUUUUGUAUCAGGAAAACAUUUACAACAGAAACGGGCGAAAGCGUUCUCGUUAAUGCGAAAUCAUCUUUAUGAAAGUUUAAAUAUUUAAUCAUUGUUCAAUCAAUUUGCUUGUUAAUUAAACGUACACAUUUCUCUUGGAAAAAUACGUACUUUUACACAAUAAUUAAUAGGUAUCAAUUUAAAAAAUGUUUUCCGGAUAAAGAUUUCGUUUAUCAUUCCAAUAAGUAAUAUAUCAUUCCAUAAGUGUGAUUCAACUUUUAUUAUACAGCAAUAUUGGAAAUUGGAGGGAAAUUGAGGAGUAAAGGAAAACGAACAAACGAGCGACGGAUCGUUAAUUAGCAUAGUGAUUCGCGAAGCGGAUUCGAAAGAACGAAACGCUGUGACAGGAUGGGGGAGGAGAGGCAGAUACACCGGAACACACCGGAUUUCCGUUUUAACGCUCACGUCUCUUUCCCUUUCUGAUUCCACGCAGCUGCGUGCAGGACAAAGGGAGCGUGUGCACAUCGAAAUUUGUUCGCGUCCCGUCCCAUGAAACAGUCAUUUCUGUCCUGAAACCGCGGAACGACGCGCUGCAUUCGCGGAUGUGUACGAUGGUGAUUCGCCAUGUUCGCGGUGAAGAUCGUUUAUUACCAAGUGACGAUGGAAUUCGUGGACGAGGAUGCCAGAGAGGGACGACACGAGGGUCAGUCGACGCAGGAUCGCAGGAAGCUGUUGAAACGUACGAGGAGCCUUGCGGUGAUAUCCGAGGACGAAUCCCGACACGAUCGAGAGGCGCACCGCCACUUCAGGCUGGGUCAGUCGACCUUUGAUUUACCCAGGCAGCAUCAAUUGAUCCCGCGAGCCAAGCUAAUCGAUCGAAACUCGCUGAAGGACAGGUUGUACAAAAGCCAGCAACACCUAUCGGACUCCUACGAACGAUUCAACGAGACUAAAUCCUAUCAAUCUCGAUCUGCCUGCGGUCUCCAUUCGAUCCCAGCUGAGCUAGCCGCGUUUCCGGAUCCGUUGCAUCAACCACGAGGCAGUCGGACAGAUCCUGAUCGAUUGAACAUCCUCGAUUGGCCAGAAUCGCCCAGACGCUAUCGCAGCGUCCAGGGGUUGGACACGGUCAGCGGGCUGGUGGACGUCGUCGAAGACGGCUGGCCCAUCGAAGGCAAUCGCAGCAUCGAUUGCAUUUAUACUCAGGUGAAGCGUAAACGGAAGGAGCACCGGAGCCUGGACAGCAUCCUCUUCGAGGACGACGGCGAGUUGGAAUACUUCGACGUUCUGAAUUUGUUACCACUGUCAAACGUGCGAUUAGAGUUCGACGCGGAGGACGCGCGUAAAAACAAGUUUUCUCACCGCAACGAGACGAUCCCGAAAAGGAGUAAGUUAAAGCCUCUCGAGUAUCUAGCAUCACGCGUCGUGGAGAAGAGGAGCUCCACAAGAAGCAACGCCACGGACGAGGAGAAAUGUAAAGUGAGCACUACCACGGAGGAGAUUGAUUCGAAAGAGAAUUCGGAAGAGGACUAUCAACGGAGGGAAGCUGAUUCUUCGCAGGAAUCCAGAGAGGAUUCGCUUCAACAGCAAGUGAAUCGGGAAUCGUGUCUUAAGGUUCAGGAAAAUUCAGAGAACAAAGGGAAACUGACGAUUUGUCAUCGGAACUCGCCUGCGAGGAGACAAUACGUUGAAAGGGUAGAGCGUGAGCUCGAUGAGGAGCUAACGACGCGCCGGAAAGUGGAGGAAGCGGAAGACUAUAAGUCGAUUUGGAUUUCUGAUAGCGAGGAACAGGAGGACAUGUCACGGAGGCCACAGGUGCUCAAGAUCGUCGAUAACGACGUGACCAAGAGGUGUCAUCAGCGACCAUCCGUGGAAACCGAAUCGAGAGAUAAGCUCCAGCCGGAUGGGCAAGAGUCCAGCGACCAUGAUCCAGGAAUACUAAAUGGGAAAAUCGAUCACGUCGAUGGGAGUUUGAAAAAUCCGGAGUUUGUAAAACAGGAAGAAGCAAAUCCGAGUGUGGAAAACACGAAGAGCUUCUUUGAACCGAAGAGCACGUCAACCAAGGGGAAACCGAAUGAAGGCAGAUUCGAGAGGAUCGUGAAAGAAACAUCGAACAUCAUUGGAAAGGCUUGCAGUGUCGUGAAAGGGAGCUUAGGUUUUGAAGCUAGAUCCGAGAGUUCUGAUCUAGGCCUUGGCUCCGAAUCCGGGAGUGACACCCGAAGAAGAUCCGUGGAUGAUGGAAUCGACGAGGAUCCUUCGUACAUGGAUAAAGAAUCGAAGAACGAUGAUAAUAAGAAACACAGUAAUUUGACUAGAUCCAAGAGCUGCCUUGAGUCCAUCGAGUGCCAGGAAGAUGGACAAGAGUUCGACCACGUUCGUUACAAGAUCGUGAAGUCCAACAUGUUUGGCAAGAAUAUAUACAACAGCGCUCGUGGCGAUGUUACGUACGAAGGGUUGAUGCAUUAUCUCCGGGAGUACUCGUUUCAAGAAUUACUCCUGGAUAACAACGUGGUGAUCAUCGAGCCGGUGCGCGCUGAGACCAUAGAAAGAAAACCAUCCACCGUUGGGAAAGCGAGGUCUGAGCCCAGCUGCAAAAUUGCCGGUGCGAUACAGAAGAAAACUGACGUGGAACCAGAAAGGAACUGUGAGAGCGCUGAACCCAAGAGCCCAAAGCAGUCGUCCAUCAAAAAGCACUUCUUCUACCAUCCCAUCAGAGUGAAUCGGGAAUUGAUAGAUGAGGAACUGCCUGACCCAGAUACGGUAAGAAACGUCCGGCGUAUGUUUGAGAACCCGCUCAAGGUGAAGAACAAUUCGGAAUUGUCGAGCGAUUGCAAGAAUAAUAGGAAGAGUGUCAGCAUGAAAGAUCUUAGCACCAUUGAUGGCCACUUUGACGAGAUGUCUGACAAGGCGCACGAGAGAACCAGGUCCAGAUGUUCAAGCAGGGCUAAGGAUCUUACAAAACUGUUCGAAAACAUGGAGAAAUCGACGUCCUCGAAUGCGUCCAUGGUGGGUGGCAAGGACGAGUUGGACAGCCCCCGGUGCGAGUCCAAAACCAGGAUCCUCGCACAGAGCUUCGAAGCAAGGAGCGGUCAUACGUCGCCGAGCGAUUCAACUUCUUCUAAAAACAAGAUGAAUCGCUACCACCACCAUCACAAUUGGGACGCUGGGAGUGUGAGCUCUGGGGUGUCCAGCGAUUACCCGGACACUGAUCCCGGCAGCGGAGUACAGUGUACAUCUUCCGAGGACGAGGACGCCGAUUGUCACGAGGAAGAGGCGAACGAGAGCCGCGGUCCGAGCCACUACGUGUCCCAGGAUGUAUUGAAGAAGAUUCGCGAGUACGGGACAUCAGUUACUUACUACGGGGGCAAGGUUGUAAAUUCUAGCAACGGACCAUUGAUAUCACCGGUCGUUGAGAACAGAUUCAAGUGCAUCGACGGAACAAAUGAUUAUGUAAAAUUUCGAUUAGUUAAGAGCAAUUCCUGCGAUAGUAGAUUGGAGCUCACUGGCAGGCUCGUGGAAAAUCAUCUGAGGCAUCGCAAUCGAGAGAAUCAACCCGAUCUAAGUCAUUAUACUAUAGCGGAGACUCCCAGUAUAGAGAUAACCACUCUUGAUAAGCAAGAGAAGGACGAAGUUAAGGUGGAGGAAGAGGUGGAAAAUAUUGAAGCUAAGAGGGAACCACCUGUAGUGAUAGGGUUGGAGCCGAAGAAAGAUGAGAGCAGGGAAGCGAAGGGUUUCAAGGUCGAUUUCAAGCUGGGCAGCCUGGAAGACGCCAAGUCGAAUUAUCCCAGUCGAUUCAUAGGCAGUGCUUUGACUAGAUGGCAAGUGAACGAGAACAAUUGGAGGACUGGCGACGAUUUUGGCAAGAUGGAGUUCGAAGAGUUCGAGGUACUCGAAGAUAGUCUAAACGGGAGCGAGGGCCAACGUAUGGAGACUUCUUGAAGAGAUAAAACAUUCCCACUAUGUAUUUGGUAUUUUUUUUUUCUAGUAGAGCGUGGGAGAAUGCCAAAGGAUCCAGUAGUACGCGAAUAGAGAUACUUUUGUGGUAUUCCCAAACGAUGCUUGGGACGAUUCCCAGAAGCGUGAUCCAAUUAUGCUCUGGUUUUUUGAAACGAUGUUUGACUCGUUUGAGAAUACCGGAGUAGAGAGAUGUACAGUUGUUAUUUAUAUUCAAGGUUUCUUAGCAACGAGCCAGAUUCAGUUAAGCGUAAACGCAGAUUUGAAUUCCAAUGAUAUCGAGCGAUGGAAUUUUAACGAUUCAUUGUAGUCGAACAAUUUGUACAUAACGAAGCUGCAUAGAUUGUUACUUCGCCAGGAAAUAAAUAUUUAAUAACAAAUAAACAAGUUUAAAUUGCUGUUAGCAUGAAA